AACAAAGGACAAAAGAAAGAAAUGAAAAAUAUUCAGCACCAAACGAACAUUACCACCUGGAGAGCUCAGGAAAUCAGGUUUUGAAGGAUUUUGGAGUUCUGCAUAAGCUUUGGAAGAGUUUUUAUCCGUGAGAUCAGGGAUGACCAAGUUGGCUGUGUUGUGUUUCCUGCUUCUGCAGACUGGAGUCGAAGGAUUUAAAAUAUCAAAUAUUGUUUUUAAUUUUUUUAACGGAGGCUCAUUAACUCAUGAAGUGAUCACAGAGAGAGCAAUCCUAAAUGUCACUCUACAGGUGUGCCGUGCACUGGCUUUGUCUGAGGGAAAGACCUUCUCUUUUCCUCCACAACCUUUCUCUGCUGGGGCUGUAGCAGCUGCAUGUGACGCAUCAAAAUCAACCAAAAGUUUCAUCGACACCAUUGUGAGGAUCCAGAAAAGCAACCACCAAGUGGACAAGGAUUAUGUGCUGAGUCCAAGUCAUCACUGCGAUGAUGAAAGCAUAGCAGCAGGACAGUUUCUCAUUACACUUGGUUUAACCGCUGUGAAGGCUUCCAAUAAGCAACAAAACUUUGUUUUAGCAACAUCAAUUCUGGGAGAGAUACUCCAUACCUUACAGGAUUUCUACAGUCACACUAACUGGGUGGAAAUAGGCAACACAUUCCCAAACGCCAAUCUGAUCAAAGGAAAUGCCGAUGUUGGAAAAAUAGCAGCCAAAACGAGAGCAACUUGCCGCAACUGUGCUGGAGAGGACUGCAGAAACAAUAUUUUGGAGGACAUCUUGAAGGAACAAAUCCUUACUUCGGGAUAUUUUUCACUUUAUCCAUUCUCUACAAAACCAAAAGGAAAAUGCAGCCAUGGAGGGUCAUUUGAUCGAACAAAAGAAAUUGAACCUACAGGUGGAAUCAACAAAGAUUCAUUUGACUCUGAACAUGGACAUCUUCACAGCCAAGCAGCAAAUAUGGCGAUAGCAGCAACCAGUGAGCUGCUGGAGGACGUUCGCAGUGCUGCUGGAGACAAAGGAUUCUUACAGAUGAUGGGACUGUUCAAAGGGAGAGCCCUUUGUUUUUGCGUGGACACGACAGGAAGCAUGGGGGAUGACAUUGAAGCAGUGAGGACUGUAACAUCAUCGAUUAUUGACAGUAAAGUGGGAACAGAAGACGAACCCUCAAUUUACAUUCUCGUUCCCUUCAAUGAUCCAGAAUUUGGGCCUCUGCUUCAGACAACAGACCCAGAUGUUUUCAAGAGUUACAUCAACUCACUAACACCAAAUGGAGGUGGAGAUGCUCCAGAAAUGAGUCUUUCUGGACUUCAGCUGGCUUUAACUGGUGCGCCUCCCAAUUCGGAGAUCUUCGUUUUCACGGAUGCAGCAGCUAAAGAUGACUACUUGAAAAACACAGUGCUAGCACUCAUAGAGCAGACGAAGUCUAGGGUGAACUUCAUAAUAACUAAUGUACUUGGCCUUCGCCGUCGAAGACAAGCAGACAACAACCAACAAACAAGGUGUUCGGAUGUCGAGAGCAAACAAGGUGUUCGGAUGUCGAGAGCAGGUGGUCAGCUGUACAGAGACCUGGCUCAGGCUUCAGGAGGUCAGGCUGUUGAAGUCACAAAAGGUCAGCUGCUGGAGGCCAUCAACAUCCUAACUGAAUCCACCAGCUCCUCUCUGGUGAGCCUUCUGCAAGCAUCCAGGAAUCUUGGAAAAUCAGAAAAUUUCACUUUUGUAGUUGAUGACACAGUAAAAAACUUGACCAUUUACAUCACAGGAACUUCUGUAGAUUUUAGUCUCAUUAGUCCUUCAGGGGUGAUUCAAAAUAUUGCCAACACAACUGGAUCUUCAAUCAUUUCAUCCCAGUCAGUUGGAAACCUUCAGACUGUGCAGCUGCAAACAGAAGGAGGAUUGUGGGAACUACAAAUUUUGUCAACCAAUCCCUACAGUGUGAAAGUUGUAGGUGAGAGUCCCAUUGACUUUCUUUUCAAAUUUAUUAAGGAGUCAGACAGCCCAUUUGGAGGGUUUGAUGUGAUUGACAAUCGCCCCACAGCUGGAGGAAAUACCAGUCUGCUGGUGACACUGAUUGGAAGCGAUGUCGCCACAGUGUCAGAGGUCACACUGGUUGAAUCGUCGGGUUCAGGUCAGGUUAACGGCACCGUAGAGGCCCAGGGUGGAGGAACAUUUAUCAUCCACUUCGACAGGAUCCCAUCGGUUGAGUUUGUUGUGCUUGUGAAGGGCCAAAACAACGACGGCGUUUCCAGAGCUUCUUCAGGGAUCUUCCAAAGACAGUCGGCCACCAACAUAAAAGCCUCUGUUCUCACUGUCACUGUUAAUGACUUGGACACGGUGUUGGAGCCAGGAACACCUCGAUCUGUUUCUUUCUCUGUGAUGACAACCGGUGAAGGAGGAAGCUUCACCAUUCAAGCCACCAAUGACCAACGUUUUGCUGCAUCUUUUCCAUCCAGUUUACUGCUGGAUCCUGGAGUUAGUGCUAAUGGCACAGUAAACAUCACAGCUCCUGCUGGCACUCCAUCUGGUACUGGUGUCACCUUGACCAUUGAGGCCGUGGCUCCUGGAGGUGCAGACACCAACUAUGAUGUCCUGCGUCUAACCGUCCUUUCAAAAGUGACUGAUUUCACUCCACCAGUGUGCCAGCUGCUCAGCCUGCAGUCUAACUGCUCUGACAACUGCAGCCAGUCAACAUGGGAGGUCUCUGUCCAGGUCACUGACGCAGCGAAUGGGACGGGUGUGGACAGCGUCAGUUUCAGAGAAGGCAGCGGCACGAUGAACACCAGCACAGCAGCUGAUAAUACAACUCUAGUGUCUUAUGUGGCUUCCUGCUGCUCACCUGAUGUGCAGCUGGUGGCUGUGGAUAAAGUAGGCAAUGUGAAAAUCUGUAGUUACUCUGUUCGCGUAAAUGUCACUGAAGCUGUUACAACGAGCAAUGCAACAAUGAGCAACGUAACAACGAGCAACGUAACAACGAGCAACGUAAGAACGAGCAACGUAACAACCAGCCCUGUAACAACGAGCAACGUAACAACCAGCCCUGUAACAACGAGCAACGUAACAACCAGCCCUGUAACAACGAGCAACGUAACAACGAGCAACGUAACAACCAGCCCUGUAACAACAAGCAACGUAACAACGAGCAACGUAACAACCAGCCCUGUAACAACGAGCAACGUAACAACGAGCAACGUAACAACCAGCCCUGUAACAACGAGCAAAGUAACAGCGAGCAACGUAACAAUGAGCAAAGUAACAACGAGCAACGUAACAACCAGCCCUGUAACAACGAGCAAAGUAACAGCGAGCAAAGUAACAACGAGCAAAGUAACAACGAGCAACGUAACAACCAGCCCUGUAACAACGAGCAAAGUAACAGCGAGCAAAGUAACAACGAGCAAAGUAACAACGAGCAACGUAACAACCAGCCCUGUAACAACGAGCAACGUAACAACGAGCAACGUAACAACGAGCAACGUAACAACCAGCCCUGUAACAACGAGCAACGUAACAACGAGCAACGUAACAACCAGCCCUGUAACAACGAGCAAAGUAACAACGAGCAACGUAACAACGAGCAAAGUAACAACGAGCAAAGUAACAACGAGCAACGUAACAACCAGCCCUGUAACAACGAGCAAAGUAACAGCGAGCAAAGUAACAACGAGCAAAGUAACAACGAGCAACGUAACAACCAGCCCUGUAACAACGAGCAACGUAACAACGAGCAACGUAACAACCAGCCCUGUAACAACGAGCAACGUAACAACGAGCAACGUAACAACCAGCCCUGUAACAACGAGCAAAGUAACAACGAGCAACGUAACAACCAGCCCUGUAACAACGAGCAAAGUAGCAGCGAGCAACGUAACAAUGAGCAAAGUAACAACGAGCAACGUAACAACCAGCCCUGUAACAACGAGCAAAGUAACAGCGAGCAAAGUAACAACGAGCAAAGUAACAACAGCUGUCACUGCUUCCUCUACAAGAGCUGAUUUCUCCGUGUCUCUUUGCUUUGGUUUCUCAGUCCUGAGCUUCUUGCUACAGUCUCUGAAACUGUGAUCCUAAAUUUUACACAACAGAUUACUGGUGAUGGAAAUCCGGUAAAUAUUAUGUUCAUCCCGGUGGUAGGUUUCAUAUCUAAUCCUAAUCCAUACAUAAUCAAAUAUUUAGACACUUUUUGAAGCUAAAUUCAACUUAAGCGCCGUAGUUGCACUAUAGAGUUUUAAGAGGAGUUUGCUAUUUUCUUUUGUUGAAGGUUUAGCUCUGUAAGCAAAGUUUGGUGACAAAUGAAUAUCUUUGAAAUCAAUUGUUCUAAUCUUUAUGUAUUCUUCAUUGAUUAUCCUAUAAAAUCAAGUUUUAAGAAAGCAUGUAAUCCCUGACAAUAAUUAAAAUAUGAAAACCA